GACCCGCCGGACAGGGUGACGCUCACCUACCUGGUGCCCAGGGAGCGCGCUGGCGCGGUGGUGGGCAAGGCUGGCCAGGGCCUGCGGCAGAUCAGGGAGGCCACGAGGGUGAGAGUGGACCUCGCCCAGGAGGAGGUCGAGGGACACCGCCUCUGCGCGCUCACGGGCCCGCUGCAGGGCACGCUGUGCGCCGAGGAGUUCGUGCACAACCUCGUCAUAGGCAAGGGCAUCGCCGUCAUGGGCAUCGUCCGCUUCGAG